AUGGGCUGUACUACCAAGAACCCAACAGCACACCCAAUGCAGAAGCACCAAUUCCAGUCGAAGCAGCCUCCCACCGAUGAUAGAAGCCACUACGGUGGGAGCAGCAGCGGCCAAAAUGCCCCCGGCCGAUUGAUGGUGGAGGGAGAAGGCCGUCGCUCUGUGCGCGAGAAGUUCAACGUCGACACACAGACCGGAGGCGUGUCCUUACAGGUUCCCAUCCAGACUUCACCAGGAUGCAGUGGGUUCGGGUUCGGGCCCUCGUUAGGCCUGGCAUAUAGUUCCGGGUCGGCAGCCGGCAACGGUGUGUUUGGCCUCGGAUGGCAUCUGAGCGGCGCGGAGGCAAUCUCGCGCCAAACCUUGAGAUCCAUUCCAGUCUAUAAUAAUGAUACGGACUCCGUGCACUCCCGUGUCGGUGAGCUCAUACCUGUCGUUGAUGCAGGUGGGUGCUUUGUAGAGACCAUCCGUGGAGCUCAUCGGAUUCGGACAUACCGGCCACGAGUGGAGGGCGAUCCGAUGCGUAUCGAAUACUGGAUCGAAACAGACCAUCCAAACCGCAUUCACUGGAGAGCCAUUACAUCUGAGAAUAUCACGACCAUCUAUGGGAAAGUGGAACAGGCGCGCAUCUCCCGGGGUGCGGAUGAUGGCGGGGCAGAGCGCACCUUUUCCUGGCUGGCGUGUGCGACGUACGACGGUCAGGGAAACGAGAUUGUAUAUGAAUACAAAGCUGAGGACGAAUCUGGAGUUCGACCCGAGCUGGACGUCUGUGAGACUAGUCGUAGUGGCCAGCUGGCGAGUCUUGCGCUCUGCGCCGCCGGACCAACACUGGAUGUUUCAGGUUGUUUUGACUACGGCGAGCAUGACGAAUUUGUCCCCUCCCCUGGAGAUAAGGGCAUAUGGCCAGUUCGCCCGGAUCUCUUCUCCGUGUGCAACGGCGGGUUUGAGUUGCGCACAUAUCGCGUUUGCCGUCAUAUUCUCAUGUUCCAUCACUUCGAGAAGGAGCUAGGCAUGAAGGACUGUCUGGUAGCUGCCACAGCGUUUCAAUACACAUCGGACGCAACGUCACAAGCGACUUUCCUCCAGUCCUGUACAAUACUGGGAUACAGUCCUACAAGCCAGGCUGGUGCAUAUGAGAGCGUGUCCCUCCCACCCACCGAGUUUAAAUACUGUAAGGCUCUCGAACUCGAGAAACUGCAGGCAGAGGAGCUCCAUAUCAACCUCUCGGGACUCUCCAUGCAAGGAGCACAAUGGGUAGACUUCAAUGGAGACGGUGCCCCGGGAGUGCUGGUGGAUAUCCCCAGCGCAAGGUAA